GAUGCUCACUCCCAAAUCCAGCCUGAUCAGGGGAAUGAAGGUGCAGUCGGAGUUUGAACACCCACCCAAAGUGCAACAGGAACUGGAGAGGUGUCCUAGCUCGGUGGAUGGAUCAUCCAUGAGGACCGGAACAGACGGGCGAACCCUCUCGGCCCCAGAGGCCAGUACCUCUGUGGAAGUGGCUGAAGAUCCCGGAGCCAACUUGUUCCCGCCACCACUACCGCAGGCCCGGAUCUGUAUGUGGAAAUACCUGGACAUCCAUUCUACCCAGAGACUGGAGAAGGCAGCCACUGUGGAAGAGAUGAGAGAGGUUCUGGCUGAGCUCCUGGAGCUUGGCUACCCAGAGCAGAGCCCGCGGGAUGCCAUUAUCUUGGACCUCUUUUCCCACGCACUCAUCUUCUGCCGCCAGCAGAACUUCUCACUAGAGCAGACAUCAGCAGCGUGUGCCUUGCUCCAAGAUCUUCACAAGGCCUGUGUUGCCACCCCUUUGGGCAACGUGGAGGAAUGCUACCACUACUUUACCCGCGUUCUCUUUUGCCAUGGAGUCAGGCGGCCCCCUUUCAGCAUCGACCUCUUUAAAGAGGAACAGCUUCUGGCAUUGGCAGAUUAUGUGGUCAACACCUACUUCCGCCACUUCAAGCUCUACAAAUACGUCUUCACACCCCAGGUUCGGCUGGACCUAUCUCUGACUUACAUGGGGCUACCGCCACCCAGGCUCUGGCCAGAGGAGAAAGAAGAUGAGGUGGCAGCUGAGCAAGUGGCUACUUCUCAGGAGGAAGAACCAGAAACUGUGACGCAGCCGGAACAACAGCCAAGCGAGGUGUGCUUCCUCCAAACCUAUAUCAAGACCCAGCUGUGCAAGGAGCUGGGGCAACUCCAGCAGCUGGUGGAGGAGCGGCUCAAGGAGAGCGAGGAAAGGCUGAGCGGCAAGCUGGCCGCACUGGAGCGGCCCAGUCAGCCACCUCCCACCAAAGGCAAAACCAAGACCAAAUGAUGCCCAGCAUUUUCUCCAAUAAAGACCUGGACCAGAGCACCCCAUCCCCCCACCUUCAUGAGUACCUUCUGAGCUUCCCUAUGAAACUAGACAGCAGACAUAAGCACUGGCUCUCCCAGGCUUGUAGUGGGUUUUAUUUCAGAUGCAGCACAGGCAGCAAUGACGAGGUCAGGCACAACACUGGAAGAGGCUCCCUUCCAUCUCUGCCCUGAUCUCCAAGUCCAGAAUAGAUAGAGGGGAGAGGGCUGGUCUCUGUGACAAGCAGCAUUAUCAGUGGUAGGCUUGGCAAGGCAGGGCUAGGGUCUGAGUCCCAACAGGUUGGAAUGAUAAAACA